CAAUAAACAAAUAAAUUUGCUGGGUCUACAUAGUAAUUUGCUGGGUACAUUUAGAAAAACUCAACCCUAAAAUACAAGAUCCGUAGAUCUGCGUUCUCUCUUCCGUAUUCAAAACCAUGUCUCUUGGAAAAGCAGCGAAGAUCGACAAUGAGGAGCGAAUAUUGACCAGUCACAAAGAUCGUCGGUUUAAAUUGGAAAAAGCAGCUAAAGAGCGGGUUCUCUCUAAGAAUUUUCCCGGUAUGCUCCUGAUCUUCAUCCACCAUACCUUAGAUGUGUCUUUGUCGGACAAGGAAAAAAACAGUUUGGUGGAAAAGUUAGGAAACGCUUUUUGGGCAUUGGUAGAAGAUGAUUCGUUGGAAGAUGAAGUAGAGGAUUUGUUGGCAUGUGAAGAAAAGGCUUUGUUGGACGAGCUAGCCAAGGCAAAUUUGGAAGAGGAAGAAAAGGAGGAAGAAAAGGCUUCUGGUACCAAUUCAGUAGGAGACAAGAAACCUUCUUUCACAGGUAUAGACUAUGAAAGUGUAAAUCCAGACGACUCUGACUCUGAUCGAGAAUUUCUUAAAGAUCUUGAUUGCGCACCUAUCGAACUAGGAGAUGAAAUGGAUUGGGGAGUUUGUGAAGUUUGUUUGAAGGAAAAUGAGCACCAUUUUUCACAUUGCCCGUACCUUUUCUUUGGUGUCCCGGACGGCGCAACUCUUGGACCUGGGUAUGCAUUAGCCUGCAAGGAAUGUUAUGAGGUGGAUGGCCACCCUGACAGACCCUGGGAAGCGCUCGCUGUUAGAAAGGUGUGCGACUUUUGCAUGUGGCGUGCACAUUGGACUGAAGACUGCCCAUAUCAGGUACCAGAGGGCGAUCGUGCUUAUUGAGUACAAACCAAACAAGCACAAACUAGUAGCUCCGUGAUUAUAUGUAUGUAUAUAUGGCUAGUUUGCAAUGCAAGCCUUGCGUUUUAAGGAAUGGUGUUCCCUUUGAUCACUUUCAAUUUAAUAUGUUCUCAAGACUAUGAUCUACGUAUGUUUUGUCAUAUAUAGCCACCAGUGAUUUUGCCAGUUAGACGGCGAACUUUGUUUCCCAAGACUAUGAUCUAUGUAUGUUUUGUCAUAUAUAGCUACCAGUGAUCUUACUAGUUUGAUAACAAACUUUGGUAAUGUGUGGUUUAGUUUGGUA